UUCGUCACAUGACUGCUGUCUUGUGACUCGCCAGACAGCAGAGUACCGAUUUUUGAGUUAGUUAAAGGAGUUUUAGUCGCUGUUAUCCAGUUUUUCCUCAGCCUGAGGGAAAUCGACUCACGGUCGUUAUGGCGGUUCUUUAGAGGAAAUCCGUACGUUCCCUAACGGUCAUUCCUCCCUCGAGUCAGAGAGAUUUGAGGGCGCUUUAGGUCUUACAGUCGGGCGACAAAGUUGGCGCAUGGAGGGCGGUGAAGUUACGGUUUCCUUCGUCGUGUUUUCUUCACGAAAAGCGAAGAAAGAGUCCACGGUCGUCUGUUAAACGCGUUAAUAUCAUUCACGUUAACACCCGCGAACGACGCCUCCCGUCGGUCCUUUCGGAAAUGGAUAAUAAACCUCUUCUGCAGGACAGACCCCCAGCGUACAACGCCGUUCCCGGGGCUUAUGAGUACGGGGCCAUCCCGCCGCCUGCUCCCGCGCCUCCGCCCUAUCACUACCCACCACCGCCCGGCCAAGCCUUCCCUGCACCUGCUCCCCCAGCCGCCCCCAUCGGCCAGCAGCCAAACUAUACCGGCACGUACACCAUCAUCCAGCCCUCUGUAGUGGUGGUGGGAGGAUGUCCAGCCUGCAGGGUGGGGGUGCUGGAGGAUGACUUCACCUGUCUGGGGAUCAUGUGUGCCAUUCUGUUCUUCCCCCUGGGCAUCCUCUUCUGCCUGGCCCUGCGGCAGAGGAGGUGUCCCAACUGUGGAGCCACAUUUGGCUAGAGGGACCACGCUGCAGCCACCAUUUGGGGCCCAAUGACCAUCGUUCUUUUCUUCUUCUUUUUAAAUUCAUGUUUUAUGCAUCAGUGUUGUUAAGAAAAGUAAUAAUUGCACAUCUUAUGUACUUUGAUAGUCCAAAUCUUGAUAAUGAGCAGCUGCAUGGUUCCUUUUUCUUUUUCUUCUUCAAGACAUUGGUGACUGUGGGGAAAUUUUUUUUUUCUCCCACCUCUAAAGACUAUUGAUUUUGUUGUGCAUUUUUUUCUGUUUGACCAUGCAAGCCAGACCUCUGUCAUCCAAUCACCGGUGCCUUUAAGAUGGCCACAACUUAGAACUGUAGGCUACCGAAGCAUGGAGACUAUAAAGGGACUUGGCAAGAAGAAAAAAAAAAAAUAGAGAUCAUGAUCACCCUUUGAACUGCUAUGAUUACUCAAACUGAGUGAAAUCAUCUUUAUAAAUGACAGAAAGACUUUGUUCAUGCUUCAUUUUAAUCACACCACACUUUUCUGGUCUUUUUCCUUGUACUGUUGGGAUUUCCUCUCUGUGUUUGUAAGAGAUGAGAAUGUAAGCUGCCUGGUGCUUUUGCUCGUGUACGGAUGGAAAUCAGUGCCACGUUUUAUCUAAUCAGCCUUGUUCACAGUGCUGAGCAUGUUCUUCACCCAAUUUUUCAAUCUUGUGAUCCAGCUUCUAGAAGACCAAACCACCUCCUACCUUCUCCUCAUCAGGUUCUUCAGGCCUGUAGAAGUACAUUUUACCAUUACCUACAUACUGAGCUCUUUCUUUCUAGCUUGGUGUACACACUGUGGAAUUUGUAAGUUGGGGAUAUUUAUAUCUCAGCUAAGAACAUCAUCUUUUUAGAAACAGCCUGCUGUCUGUUAUUUGAUAAACCCUACUUUAAUUAGCACUGUGCUAUUGAUCAGUGUUAGAUGGUACAUUUCUCUGAGUUUAAAUCAUUGAGUUGAUGUCUUUCAUAGGCAAGUAAUUGACCUUUCCAUGCUCUGCCCACAGAAGCAUUCUUUUGUAGCUGCUGUUGUUAGAUUAGGCAUGCUUUCCUGAAUAUGGGCAAAAAUUAUAUUCACUGUAUUUACAUAAAUACCAAAAGACUGUUCAAGUUAUGUUUAUUUUGUAUGCUUGUUAAAAGUCACACUCAUGAUAGAGUGGGCGUGGGUUUAUGUAAUAAAGCUCAAUUUAGCGUCAGAGCAAAUUUGGUAACAUUUCUGCAUGUCUAGUCUUGACUAACUACUUCAAUUCAGUUCAGUCCCGUAGUGAAAUAUUUUAGAAAAGAGUCACACAACACCACCAAAUGUUCUUUUUUUUUUUAAAGAUGGCAAAGAAUGAUAUUUUUGCCAACAGCCUGUAAAGCCUGUCAAUCAUUGCAGUAGUUGCUGCAAACAGACCUCACUAGUGGGCAGAGCAUGGAUAGAGGUCAGUUGGAUAGAACUGUCUAGAGCCACAAUCUUCAAAUACAGACCUUGAGUGUAGUUUCUAGUCCUGUAUUUUGUAAUCACUGCUAGUUAACAGAGCUGUUAAUGUUACUGAUUGUCCAAAUAUUAUCCUGUCUACCAAUGAUUAUAAAAUCCUGGAAACUGCAAGGUCUGGAUCUAAAGACCUCUGAUCUAGAGCGUAGAGCUUUUCGUUUGACCCAGAGAACGGAUACUGUGUUGCUGAAGUCUGCUACAGUACUGUCUUUAAUCUCCCAGUGAAAGACAAUCAGUCUAUAAUGAAUGUCCCUCUGUGCACCUGAGAUUUUUCCACUUAUUGCAGAAUGUCAUCUUGUUGCCACCAUUCUUUCCUGAUGUAAUUAAACAUUGUCAAGGCUAUUUGAUUUGCUUUAGAACACUACGCACGGUGUAAUGAUAGGUUCAGACUUUUUAUAUGAGAGGUAAUGUAAAUAAAAUUCUAUGAAUGCA